CUUUAUGGCCGCUUCCUUUGCUUGCCCACUAUGAAAUUGCGACCGCUAGGCAUAAGAUCUCUUCACGUUAUACUUUUGUAGCGCCUCUAGCUCCAAGCCUCCACUGGAUGCCUGCUACGAGCGCCUCUUCUUCCCACAGCCAUGUCUGGAGUGGAGGUGGCUGGGCUUGUUCUCGGCUGUCUGCCGUUGAUCAUACAAGGCAUCGAGUCGUACAAUGAAGGCCUGGAUCCUAUCAAGAGCUUUUUGCGCUGGGAGAAAGAGCUGCCGUCGUUCAUUCGCAAAUUGAGAAAUCAGCACGUCCACUAUGCGCAAACCAUCCGAAUCCUCAUCGAACCGAUUACGACUGAGUUCGAGCUCGCGGAGAUGCUAUCGAAUCCCAGCGGGGAGCUAUGGAAAGACAAAGAGAUGGCGGAAAAGCUGCAGGACAGGCUACAGGACUCAUACUACGCAUAUCAGAGCACAAUUGCGGACAUAGAGCGGAUAACAAGGAAGAUUGCAAGUAAACUGGAUCUGGAACGUGCAACCGAGCUCACGAGAGAUGACCUGGAAGCAAUGCUCGCCGCAAAUCCUAAGAAGAGCAACGACAGGUUCGAAUUCAAGAAAAAGGUCAAGUUUGCAAUGGGCAAGAAAGCAAUCAAAGCGUUGCUGGAAGAGCUCGACGACUGCAACAAGGAGUUGGAGCGCUUUACCGAUAAAAGUGAGAAGAUCGAGACAUUUCGGAAAACGAUCAAACCAUCUUUUGCGAAACGGCUGCAGCGCAUUCAGCGAUAUGCGGCGAGCCUCCACGAGACUCUUUCCGUUUGCUGGUCAUGCUCGUGUAAAUCCUAUCACAAAACGAGUCUGCAGCUAGACCAGCGGGGCAGCCUCUACGCCAAUGGGUUGAAGAAAGCGAAUCCAUCUCCGAAGACGUGCUUCAAAGUCUCUUUUUUGAGUAGCUCGGAAGAUAUCAAGCAGUUGUGGACUUGGCAGGCAGCUGAGAUUGUUGUAGACGAUGAAGACGAGAAAUGCGUGGCAUUUCGACCCGUCUCAAAACCAAAUAACAGAAUGACAAAAUCAGUCAGCUUUGGCGAUAAGCCGCCCCCUCCCUAUUCCCCCACCGAUCCCGCAACCACUCUCACCCCAUCAUUACAAGAAAUCCACGACUUGUGUGCGUCAAUCCAGCGGCUCUACAAAAGCUCGCCCUGCAUCGGCUUCUCCUUUGACAGCAAGUACAAGCUUCGCGGCGCUUACCCAGUCGACACCGUCGCGGAACAGCGAGUCGCAUCGUGCGAGUUCGUCACGCUGGAGGAGCUCUUGAAUCGGCCACCUGUUGUGAAUGGAAGAUCGGCCAAGCUCAGCAAGAAGGAGCGAUACAGCUUAGCCGUCACCCUCGCCAGCAGCACUCUGCAGCUCAACUCUACGCCGUGGUUUCCAGAUCAAUGGGCUUCCAAGGACAUCCUCUUUAAUCGAACAUGCAACAGUCCCCGCCUGAUCGAUAUUGAUCAUCCGUACGUUGCUCCGAAGCUUGCGGAAGUGUCGGGGGUCAAAUCGAAUGGUCAUACUUGCCAUAGAUUUCACAACAAGAACACGAUCCUCCUCGCCCUGGCAGUGGCUCUUCUAGAGCUGUACUUCGGCAUCAGUGCGGAAAAGCAUCGAGAGUUGGAGAGUCGGUUUACUGAAGGGCAGGUCAAUCCAUGGACUCUCUGCGCCAUGGCCUAUGAGUGGGCCGACGAGGAGCAGGAGAACCUAUCGGCCGCUUUCUCGACCGCGGUGAGCCAUUGCCUGCGGUGCUUCAACGAUCCCGGCGCUAGCCUCCAGGACGCCGAGUUUCUUCAAGCAGCUGUCGAGUGCAUCGUGCUGCCGUUGCAGGAUGAGCUGUACCAGUUUCUUGGAAAGAGCAGGCCGUAG